AUGGUGUCGCUAUGGAUGCUUGGAACCUGCGCGAGAAAUAUUGAACGAGAUGGAAACAGUGACGGGCUACAGGAGCGUGGCGAUGAAAUACAGCUCUUUGUCCACUCUGGAGCCUUGCACACGGCCAAACAUCUGGAAACUGAAAAGCUAGCCCAGACAAUCUGGGUAUCAACACCCCAAGAGAUUCUCGUUCGUGAAAGCAACAAUCUAUACACUGAGAAUUAUGCCCAUGCAUAUCGCGAUGUUCACUUGGUCUAUCAGUUAUCGUUACGUUGGAUUUUAUCAGGAAACAGCUCCUGCGUCGAUGCUGCUACUGCUGCUACAUUAAACGGCUGGAGCACAAAUUUGAUAGGUAUCUGGGGCAACAAAGAUAUUUUUCUUGCUGCGGGACUUUAUGGCUACCAAUUCGCGAAUUCUGGGGAGCUCUUGUGA